AUGGAGAAAAUUGACACGCAUUGCCAUAUUGUUCCUCCAGGCUGGAGGAAAUGGUGUGAGGAAUAUGGUUGGGACAAGCCUGAUGGUAUGCCAUGUAUUCCGGAAUGGUCAGCAGAGGGCCAUAUUGCGCUCAUGGAUAAGCUCGGAAUCAAGCGGUCAAUUUUGAGCAUUACCUCACCCGGCACGCUUCUCAAAGUUGGAGACUUCGCAUUAGCCAAGCGUGUAACGCGAGAGACGAACAUCGAGAUCUCCCAAAUCUGCCGCCAAUUCCCUGACCGAUUUGGUUGGUUCGCAUCGCUCCCAUUGCCGGAUGUCGAGGGUUCUCUUGAAGAGAUCGAUCAUGCCCUCGAGUUCGGGGCAUCGGGGUUCGCAGUCAUGACCAAUGCCCAGGGCUACUACAUGGGUGAUUCCCGAUAUGACCCCGUGUUUGAAAAGUUGAAUCAGCACAAGGCUGUUAUCUUCAUGCAUCCUACUCAAUGCUGUUCUCUGGAUAAUCCGGAAGCCGACAAGCCUCUGGCGCAAUAUCCGACGCCGAUGAUGGAGUACUUCUUCGACACAACGCGGGCAGUUGUGAACUUGCUUCUAUCGGGUACCGUGACACGAUUCGAGAACUUGACAUUCCUGGUUUCGCAUUGUGGUGCGACUCUUCCGCCUCUUGUUGAAAGAUUUUCUGCGUUCUCGACGCGUAUGCUCAAAUCUAGCGAAGAGAUGACCAGCGAGCGGGUCAAAGAGAUCUUCUCCACUCGAUUCUACUUUGAUCUUGCAGGGAUGCCGUUUCCAGAUUUGAUCCAUGGGUAUUUGCGUGUUGGAACGCCGGAACGCUUGCUGUAUGGCAGUGAUUAUCCUUAUACGCCUGGUGCCGUUGUUGAGAUUCUGAAUAAGACUAUGGAUGAGCAGAUGAAGGAGCUUUUUGACCAGGAGCAGCUUCAAAAGAUAUUCUCUGGUAAUGCCCGUGAGCUUAACCUGUGA